UAAAUAGAUUAAUUAGAUAUAUAUAGAGAUAGAGAGAAAUUUUUAAAUAUUUAUAUAUAUAUAAAUUUUAUAAUAUUAGUGGUUAUCAAAGACAGACAUAUAAUAUUCUCGGGUGCAUGUGAUUCUCACCUUGGCAGGCUAGCUAAGCUGUAUAUACGUUAUUUUGAUGAUUAAUGUCUUUGUGUUUAUUAUCUAAAUAAUUUUUUUUUAAAAAAAAUAAAAACCCUUGUGAUUCUCAACAAAUUUUCAUAUAGAAAUUAAUUGUAAUUAAGUUAAUAAUUAUUAAUAAUUAAAUUAUGUCUCGUUUGUUAUUAUUAUUAUAUUUAAUUUAAUAUUUAUUGCAUUGCUGGAGUUGUCUGGGGCAUCUAUUUCACAAAACUUGAAUCAGAUUGGCUAAGGCACUGGGAUUUGUUUGGCAUGCCUCAAAACCCAAGUGCAACAAACACUUUGGGUUCUGCGUGAGAGAGAAUCUUAAAUUCUUCAUCUCUCUCCUUUAUUAAUUAUUAUAUUUUAUAUAUAUAAAUGUAUAUAUGUGUGUGUUGCAGUAUAUACUGAUGGGGAAUAUGAGAGCAAGAUAAAUAAGUUCUUUCUCUGUAUCAAAUAAAGACACAUGUAGCUGUUUUUCAAGUUGGGGUUUUGGAAGUAAAAGUACAGUGCUCUCUCUUCUACGUUCUUCUUCUUCUUCUGAUCUGAAACAAAAAGAGACUCUCAAAGAAAAAGCUUUCUAGGCUUCUAGCUAGUAGUCUUCUCUUCUUUCAGCUCCUUUUAACCAAAAUAACAGGUUAGAAUUAUUACUAUUAUACUAUACAUAUAUUAGUUUUCCUUUUGUAUAUCUUCUGUUUGAAUCAUAAUUUAGUAUAGGAUCUACAACUGCUUAGUUGAUGAAUUUGCAGGCUUUGAUGAUUAGUUUUGUCUAUAUAUUUUGAGUAUAUAUAAUAAGUUCCAAAUACUCUUUCUCUUUCUAUUUCUCUCUAUCCCUCCGAUCUAUAUACACAUAACAAAACUACACUAGUGCCGGGGUUUAUGGUUUAUAUUUUUACUCUUGCUUUUAGAAACAUUAAUAAUUCGAACUGUACGUAAUUGAUCUGAUCCAUCAGCCAAAAAUAUUUUCAAAGGAUAAUAAUUAUCGGAUUUAUUAUAACCAUGCUAAAAUAAUGAAGCUAACUGAUAUAUUUGGGUUGGUACGUACUACUACUAAUAAUUAAGAUAUUGUGAUUUGUUUUUGGUUUUUUACUAAAAUAAUUACUUGUUCGCAUGAUCAUCAAUAUUAUGUGUGUAUAUAUAUACCACAUUUAAGCGUAGAUAGGCUAUAGCCAAAUUAUAAGAACCUUAUUAUUAUGAUCGAUAUUAUUCACAAGUUUUCCUAUAUAAGACAGAAUGUAGCUGUUUUUUGAUAUGUAUGUACAACCAACCAAAAAUAAUUGGUAUUCCAACCCUUAAUAUUAGCAAACACACCAUAGCUUUUGUCAUAUAUAGUUUGCUACAUAGCUAUCUAGGCAAGAGUAUAAUCUACGUCAUAAAAAAAUUGAAAAUUUUGAUUUUAAGAAGAAAAUUCAAAAUUCAGGCCAGUAGGGUAUAUAAUCGGCAAAGAAUGCGGAUUACAGAAAUCAAGAUUGGAGAACAUGUGUACAUAUAAUAAUAAUAAUAAUAUAUUUAUAUAUAAAUAUAACAAAUUAAGAAGCUGCACAUGAUAUUUAGUUAGCUAGGUAUUUAUACUACUAUGAUGAUGGAGAUGGUGUCCCACUUUUUUGUAACUGUAUAUAGGGGCCAGGGAGAUAUUUUUUUGUAUCAAACUAUUAUAUUGUGGCCCAAAAUGGCUUUAACAUGAAGGAGGACAAUCAAAACAAACCGACAAAUUGUGCUAAAAGUAGUACCCAGUACUGUUUUUCGUUAUCUCUAUAUUGAUUUAGGUAUUUGAAAACCUCACUACUCUUCUUUCUUUUCUUAAAAAGAAAUAUUCUCAUAAACCUAUUAUAUACCAUGAAUGAGGAGGAUGGUGCUGAUAUUGAUAUUAUUAUAAAUAUAUAUUAUUAUUCAGUCUGCUUUAAAUGUUUACUACUUUUCCUCGUUUGACAGGUAUAGAAGCGUGAGAGGUGAAAAGGGCAUUAAUACUAGCUAGAUCCGGAUAUAUAUGCAUUUCUGAGCACAUACUAGCUUUUCUUCAAGAAGAUAAUUAUAUAUAUAUACAGGUCAACCUCCAUAUAUAUAUAUAUAUAAAGAUUCGAAAUCUAAAGCACAACAAUGGAGAAACCCCUCUUUAAACCAUACGACAAGGAAUUCAUGAAGAUGGCUAUGAUAAAGCAUGAAGAAACUUUUAAAGAACAGGUGUAUGAACUUCAUCGUUUAUACCAAAUCCAGAAGAUUUUGAUGAAAAACAUCGGACGGAGCAGAAUGAAAGAAACCCAUUUCAAUAAUCAGCUUGAAUCUCAAAACAGACGACAAUUUAUGAUACUGGAUUUGGAGCAGCCUUCAGUAACUGAAGACCAGUUCAAUAAAAUUAACAUCGCAGAAGACUCAGACGACGGUGAUAUUAAUAAUAACAAUACUGACAGUAACAACAAUAAUAAUAAUAACAACAAUAAUAAUGUUGUUAAUCUGGAGAUUAUAGACGAGAGUGAGAUUGAGCUCACUUUGGGCUUGGGCCUUGGGCCCACCAGUUAUAGUCGAAGUCGAAGCCGGAAAACAUCAGAUUCCGGCCCAAGUUUCUCUUCCUCUUCAACUGGAUCCAGCCAGAUGAACUCUCGAAAUCAUUACAACAACAGAUCGAGAGAAACGACAAGAGUAGAGUUAAACGACAGCGGUGGUGGUAGGGGACAGGUCCCUGAUGCGACGCCGUCUGGAUACCAUGGCGUCGUCGGAGGGGAAUUGCGACGGGAGAGACUAAAACAUCAACCACCUUGGUUAUUUCAAGUUUUGAGCUUGAAUAUGACUUGUGAAUGAGAAUAUAUUUUGUAAUUCUUGGUCAUUUGGAUAUUUUUAGAUUUUCUUUUUUCAUUUUCCAUCCUUUUUUUUUUUUUGGCUAAUUUUCUGAUUUGAUUUUUUUUUUUAGGGGUGGAAUUUUCUAAUUAGUUUUAUUUUUCAGAAAUUCAAUGUUGUAAUAGCCUAAUAUGGUGAUGGAAAGUCUUGUAUAGAAUUUAGCACUUGUCUUUCCUUGGCUUGCUAUUAUUAUGCAAAGUCCCCAUCUAAUCUAAAAACGUGACUCUUUGAUUACUAA